AAAUGGAUGGAUGGCUUGUAGUUUGCAGUGGUGUAGAACUCAUACCCAGAUGUGUUCUAACAGUUCAUGAGUAUUUUGUUUCUAUGGUCUUGUGUGAGUGUCGCUGCUUAUGUCAUUAUUAUGUCAUAGUUGACCAAAAUCAUCACGGAAAGAAGACCCUCUGACUAUAAACCAGUGGAAGAUGAGGAUACCUAAAAAGACAGGAAGAGAGGAAUGGAAAAGUAUAGUAGACGGAGAGGGAAAUGAAUGGUGCAGGGGAAGGGAAAAUAAAUGUGCAUGUGGUCAGGAAGUGAGUGGGUAUUGAAGUGAACCGGGUGCAUUUGGAAAGGGCACAUGAAUUCCACAUGUUCUGGCCAAAUACGCGCCCACGCACACACACACGCACAUUAACUUUUCGCACAAUUUCCUAUUAGCUAAAAUAGAAAAAUAAGACCUUUAAGCAUAUUAGUCCCACAAUCGGUACAUUUCUGUUUUAUAACAGCAAAGUGGACAGUAGAAACACACAAUGAUAAGAGUGUGAAAAAUCGUGAUCCAUUUAGUUUUCAUUCAGCUCAUUCAUUCAAUUCAUUUCCUUCAAUUUGUCAGAUAGCAUGGAGCACAGAGGCCGCCACAUUUGGACUUACUGCGUUUUAGGCUUGAAGAAUGCAUUGCUUUACAUCUGCUUAAUUUCUGUGGGGGGAGGGUGGUUUUGCUAACAGUUUUUGCAUAUCGUUACGUUACAUAAAAAAAUGGCAUUAGUCAUUUUUUACCAAAAAUAUUUAUCUUUUUGCCUCUAUCGUCUGAUGAUGCUGGCCACCUCUGCUAAGAUUGUUUCCAUCCUCAGUUGAACAGAUCAUGCAAUUUUGUCCCUAAAAUUAAAGUGUUAAUAAAUAUAAUAUAUUCAGUAUUCAGUAAGUUUUUUUGUUUUCUGACAAAAGUGGAAAAGAAAUGACUACAUUAUUUUAGAAAGCCAUCUCUCAACCUUCCUCUAUAUACGGUACCCUCACGUGUUUUUGACUUUACAGUUCUUAUACACCCACUUGCCCUCUCUUUAUUCCUGUGCACACAUGCAUGUCAACAUAGCGCUCCUAAUGCCACCAGUGGUCAACAACACAGUUAAUGACAGAAGACAACCUGGAAGGCUAAGAUAAAAAGACUGCAGAGACAUUUUUACAUUCAACAUGGUGACAAAGCGCUGACACACAGGAAGAUAUGAGGAUAUCAACAUUACAAACGGAAGCUCUGUUAGCCAUGGAAGUUGAGGAAAAACAACAACUUGUCCUACCAGUAAUCUUCUAAUUGUAACUAUUGGACUAUAUUAGUCAGAGCAGGGCUUUUGAACAUUUUGGGUCCUGGGACCCUGUACGGGGGAAAUAUUUUUCAAAGGACCCCCUGAUAAUCGUAAAAAGGCAAACCACCAUGUGUACCACUGUACCCUUAAAUGCCAUAGGAAUAAAAACGGUGCCUAUUUUAAAAAACAAAGUCAUAAUGUUACAGGAAUAAAGUUGUAUUUUUCCAAAACAAUAUAUUAUAUAUGUUAUAUUAUGAUAUCAAUGCCAAAUAUAAUGAGGGGAAAUGUGAAUUUAAAAACUUUAUUCUCGUAAUAUUACGCCUUCUAUUCUGGCAAAGACUCCUUUAUUCUGUUAAAAAAAAAAAAGGGCAAUUACAACGUAUUCUCAAAAAAAAUAUGCCAUUUGUUGUAAACCCCACCCCAACUUUAUUCAUGCAGGGAUGCUAGAUUUGUGAUGAUACGUCAGAAACAUAUGGCAGCUUUUAAUUGCCUUAAAGCUGGGGUAGCUUUGUUUCAUUGGUGCAUCAGUCUCCGUAAGUAGGUAUGCACUUUUUAAAAUUGAUACAACAUAGUAGUUUAUUGCAAUUUAGCCACAGUUUGUGGACCCCCAGUGUUUGGCGACCUCAGUUUGAGAACUAAGCCCUGCUGACUAGGCUUUAGGCAAUGCAGAGAACCCUCAUCUAGGACACAUUGUUCAAACCCUUCCUUCACCCCGACAUGCACUAGGAUACGACUGCAUGAGUAUCUCUUGCGUAUGUAUGUAUAAAAAUGUAACAGUCAACUCUAAUCUCCCCCUCAAGGCAUACUGAAGGAUUAAUGCUGUUCCUCGAAAGAUAAUGACAAACAGCUUACAGAUGACAAACAGCUUAAUGCACACUAUUCCCAAACUGUAGUGAUGACGCAAAUAGCUUGUUUUUCCCCCUUCUUUCCAGUGUGUACUUCAUACUGUGCAACCUUAAUGGUCGGCGUAUUAUCUAAAAAAAAUUUCUGGGGGAAUUUAUCGGGGUCCACAAGAAGACCCUGCUAUUGGGUUUAGUAAUUUGGAGAUGUCCAUGACCAUUUGAGGUGGGGUCUGCAGUGCUAAAGUUCUGAGUAGAACCUUUAACUUCUGUGGGCAUUCUAACACUUUUCCUCCUUGCCAUUAUUCUUGUGUGGUUGAAUCACACACACAACGAUAAAAACAUAAUCAGAUGAGAGAGGACAGAAAAGGAGAGGACAGGACAGGAUGUGGGAAAUGAGCAAGACAGUACUCGUGACGAGUGGUGCGGUGGGAUGCUUUUUCUAGUGCCUAAACACCAGUAAGAACCUGAGAGUUGAUAUCUUAACAUAACUUGUUAUUAUUAUUGGUCCUAGCACAAACUAUUAUAGCCUAUAGCGUGUCUAUGGAACUAAAUAGUGAAUGAACAACAUAUCACAUGCAUGUUAGUCAACUGGUGUACGGAGUUAUUGAGCCGGCACAUUGAGGAAGGGUGGGCCCGGCCCCUUCCACCCGCAAAGAGAGGCCAAGCCAGCGAGCCCAUCCCGCGAGGGACCCAGCCAGGUGGACGCCACCCACUCCCCAGGACCCAGAGCGGUCCCCCAGCCCAACCGAAGCGCCCCGACCAGUCCCAAUGGGAGGGGCACUGGGAUAGGCUCCAGCACGCCCGCGACCCUACUGAGGAGAAGCGGCUCAGAAAAUGGAUGGAUGGAUGGAUGGAUGGAUGGAUGGAAGUCACCAUCAGGUCACCAACUAGUUCCCAGGCCAGUGAGAUCUUUGACUCUGAGUUGAAGGACCAGGAGCGGGAGGUGUGUUUUGUCGACAUCGCUUACGACGACAUCCCUGACCGCUACUAUAAGGAGUCUGAGGACUUGCGAUACUUCAAGUCAGAGAAGACGUCUCGGGGCAUGCUUCAGGAGGGAUGGAGGGACACGCAGCAUCCCAUCAUGUGCUCGUACAAGCUGGUCACAGUCAAGUUUGAGGUGUGGGGUCUGCAGACACGUGUGGAGCAGUUUGUGCAUAAGGUGAUUCGGGAUGUGUUGCUGCUUGGACACAGGCAAGCCUUUGCUUGGGUGGAUGAAUGGAUUGACAUGACAAUGGAUGAGGUGAGAGAAUUUGAGCGGACAAUCCAGGAGGCCACGAACGAGAAGAUUGGGAUGUUCCCCCCGUCGAUCUCCAUCAGUGAGACCCCACUGUCCUCCUGUACCCUCACCGGCCCUGCCAGCGCACCCUCCACUCCCCUGUGCACCGAUGCCCCCGAUUCCCUCUCGGUCUCCAAGGACCGGCCCCGCAAAAAGUCCGCUCCAGAAACCCUGACCCUUCCUGUGCUGUCUCUGAGCGGUGUGCAGCAGGGAUCAUCUACCAACCCACUUCCUUCUUUGACUCACCUACAGUCUUCAACGUCGCCUUCCUCCAGUUCUGAUCCUGCUGCGAUGGAAGAGCAGUAGACGGACCUUUGAAUGUCUUCCCUGCACUUUUGGUCUAUUGUAUUCCCAGAAUCGCAUGGAGUUUAGCCCAACCUCCAAAGAUCGGUGCCCAAAUAUUAAUGCUUUUUCGGCAUUCCCAUUGAGAAAUAGUCAGGUCCCGAGGGUAGAGAAACCCUUAAACCAUUAUGAUUUCAUGAGAAUUAUCUAUUAAAAAGGUGCAUUUUUCAAAGGUUUAGAAAAUAAAACAAUCCCCAUUCAAACAGCGCUGUAAUUGGCACGUCAUGCCAGUACCAUGCACAGCUUGUCCUUCCGGUCUUAAAGCACAUCUCACACUUCAGUGGAGCAGUGUUAUCAAGCUCAUUAUCGUGAGCGACUGAUUAUUUUUUUUUUUUAAGGUUAUAGUUGAAAACAGCCCCAUAUAAAGACUUCCCUCGUCUCAGAUCCUGAUUUGUUUGACCUUCUUCUCAUAAAGCAGUAGAACAUCAUUUUAGACCAUUCAUCAUUAUUUUGUCGAGCGGAAGUCCUAUGCAUUUGCUGCAUAUCCUUUGUUUUCCUGAGUUGGGAUUAUAACAUUUGUUGAACCAAUAAGAAAUAUAUGCCUUACACUAGCACCACAGAGCCAGUUGUUUCCUUUUGUAUUUAUUCACAACACAAAGUGCAGUACCACAGAACAUUCACAGGUUCGAGUUCACAUAAGAAAGGCUGCACAGUUAUGUUCUUAGGGGCCUACAGUACCAUCAUUCAUUUAACUGAAUACACAAAACAUUACAAAAUCAGUGUUCAUACCUCAGGUCUCCCCUCCUCUACUUACAGAAUUCACUGUAACCUUACUCUCCUUGCUUAUUGCCAAACAGCCAUGUUUUAUAUUACAACACAGCCUGUACCUUCUAAUACUGAACCCUCGGAAUGUUUACAAUCAUACAAUUUUUGCCUAUGCGUAGUAAAGCCAUUGAGUACACUGGCAAUCUUAGCAUGACAGUAGCCAUACCCGAAAUUGUGGUCAGUAUGUGUAUGUUCAGAUGGCCCACAUGGCAUACAGAUCUGUACAAAACAAUCACUAGCAAUCCUAUAUUAACCAUAUAUAACUAGUGUGUCAAUCAGUAGACCUCCACAAUGACUGAAAUGUUAAACGUUAGAUGAAAAAUCAUGAACUGUCAUAUUUGUGUUUGUCCAUCUGUUAGACAACAUGCUACUUCCUGGUUCAUAGAAGACUUCCAUUAAUGUCACAGGGGUGACAAUGAAUUGUUCCAACUUUCUUCAGAUUCUAACCAACAUUUAAUAGGUUCCUUGGCCCAUGAACCAGCCCCUCCAUACAAUCUUUUUGAAGUCGUUUCUGUAAUUGUAUUCAUUUUUUUUCAUCAUCCUGCUAACUGGACCAACUUUGCUAAGUCAAGAUGACUGUUGUGAAAAAUUCAAUCAUUAAAACAACUAAAGCUAGUAGCGGCUGUCUUACAGUACUGUAAAUGUGAUUCAACUUAAUCAAAUCACUUUGUUGUAUUGUGGAGGGGGCGGAAAGGCCAUUUUGGAGGAACUUUUACUCACUGUAAUAUAUCCAAAUGCAGAGUGGAGGGGCCUCAAAGCUCUUUCUAAAGAUGGGGGCAUUUUCAUCAAGCUGAUUUGAGGAUGUGCUAUCACAUCACUGCAUUGGUGUUGUGUGAUGAGUAAUUGGUCAGAGCAUCAUUAUUUAUUGCCAUGUAAUCCAAACUGUCUAUAUUUUCUCUACCUGAUGGAAACUAUGUAUUUAUACUCCCCCAAAAUCUUUUUUCCCCCCAUAAAAAAAGGAGAUACCUGCUUUUCAAUGGAUAUAGACAAUAUGGAAAUCAGGCAGUAUUAUUUAAUUGGAAUUAUCCAGAUUUUCAGACCAAGUGCUUCCAUAUGCUGCAUGGAAUGUUCCUAACUUAUGUACAUUACAGGCGGGAUGUUUGUCAAUGCAGUUAUUAGACUGAUUGCCUCACUGCAUUUGAUUAUGCAAUAGUAUGAAAAAGUUAAUGCCUCAAUGCGACAAUUUUAUAUCAAAGACAUUUUGAGUGAAAUGUGAGUAAGCAUGCAAGACAAUAUAGGCCUACAAACUACUUAAACUCAGUGCCUCUGCAUGCCAGAAUUGCAUUGCCACAUAUUACAUGUAAUCCAACAUACAAUAUAUCAGCACUUAAAAUACACAUUUUCAUGGCCUUUAUCUGCCUGUUUUCUACCACAGUUUAAGAGAAUGGAGAUGUGAAUUUAGUAGGAAAUAAUACCAAAAAAAAAAAAAUGUGAGCACAAUACUCAUGAACUGGACUAUUUGUGUGAAUGCAUCUGCCUCACUAAACACGACGGACACGCCAGAACACACAAAAGUCUGUUUUGCUAUUGCCUUUGCUGUGUGCUAUUUUUAGUAUAAAGUCAUUCUCGAUUCCUGUGAUGUCAUAUACACAUGGGCUAAAGCAUCACAUGUUGUUGUUGCUGACCUAGGCAUCAUCAGACAUUCAGUUAUGUCCCAGAUUUUCUUACCCUGAGAACAUUUGAAGUGAAUUUGCAUGUGAUGAAAAUCAUCUGGCUGGAAAUGACAGAGAAAGAAAGUGAGUGACCACGUCUCCUUGAUUUAUUUCUUUUUUAAUAUAAUUCACAUAACUUUUUUUUUUUUUUUUUUUGGCAAUGUUUUACACCAUUCUAAAGGAUCCAGGUACCUUUCCGCAUAAUACAGAGCAUUCUAAUCAACUAUAGCCUACAUUUAGAACAUUUCAUAUGCCUGUACUUAAUGAUGUGAAUAGUUUUUUUUUUUAUGCAAUGUCUUAGUCUUUUUCCACUUUCUUGUCAGCUAAAAGAUCAUCACAUGAGAAAAUCAAUUUUAACUCAUAGUUUGUCAAGGGUAUAAAUCAUUUUGGGUUUAACUGCAAGUGUCGGGGCUAACGUUGUUCAAUUUCUAUAAAUUAAUCUGUUUUUAUUCCCCCUGUACAUAUAACUAUUGCUUUGAAAUCGACAUCCCGUGUGUGUUUUGCAAACUCCAGUUUUGUUCUAUUGCAGUCUUGCUAAUGACAAUGUGGGAGCCUUCUUACUUGCCAUAAAACCGGUUUAAUAUUCUGUAGUUUCUGACUUGCUUUUGUUAAAAAAAAAACUUUAAAAAAUUUCCAUUUGUUAAUCAUUAAUCCUAGCUUUUGUCUUACAAUCAUGUUAUAUACCUUUCUAUAGAGUAUACAGACAACUUUGGUAUUUACCUUCUCUCUUGUCAGGGAUACAUUUGAUCUAUCAUGGGCUGUUACACUUUACAAACUAAAGACAAAAAAAAAUUUCCAGCUAUUUAAAAUGGUCUGCUCUGUUUAAAAGAGUAAUAUACAGUACAUGCUGUUAUUGAUUAAUAUAGGUUUCUUGCAUUUAAUCUGUUCAGAGAUGCAUCGCUGUUGUAACUAAGUCUGAAGUCUUUAAAGAGACAGAAGGGUUUUCUUAUGUCUUAUGGAUGGCAGCUUAAUGGACGUGUCUGUAUCUAAGAAGGAAUAAUUGUUUUAAGCUUAACACAUUCUAUUAUGUUUCAAUGGAGUAAUGCACCUAAUGGUAGUGGUGCACUUAUGACACUUGUAGCUGCUUUUCGUUUUCCCUGCAGGACAAUUUUGUUUUGUAGUUAGUUUUGAAGUGAUUGGCUUUUCUGUUGUGUUCUAAAGUGAACCUGCUUUGUUUUUUGUGGUUGCACUUGAAGGAUAAAGUCAUUUGAAGGACCAAGCUUUUUUUCUGAUGCACUUUUCAUUCGUGGUUACCUUGACAAUUGGGCCAUGUUCCACAAACUAGAAGCUGUAAAUAAAUGAACUACUUGGUGUAGUCUUGUCUGCUUCUGUUUUGUGAAGUAUGCCCCCAAAAGUGUUCAUUUGAUUGUUGCUAAGUUCUUCCACUUUGAAAAUUGUGUCUCUAUUUCACUGGGUUCUUUAUUGUAAUUAUUGUUUACUAUUCAGAGCAAGACAAAAUAAAAACAAAUAGCUAUA